GAGAACCUCGAUCACUAGUUUUAUCGGAAGAAUCUUGUGGAAUGACGACUAUCUCGAGAAUGAACGCUACCUCUAGUGUUUACAGACCACCCACCUCUAGAACUUGUAGACUGACCACCUCUAGAAUGUCCAUUUACUCUCCCACAAGUCUAGUUCUAUCUAAGGGAACGAAUAACAAAACUCUUCCUAAGUAUAUUAAAGAAAAUGAUAUUAUAUGUUUAGAUUAUUAUAAUGCAAUUGUUAUAAAUGUGUCUUCUGAAUUUCAGCAACAUGCGUUGAAUCAGCAUUGUCAUAGUGAACCAGAAACUUCUAAUAAUAUUUUAUUUUUUUCACAAACUAUAGGUAUACUUACAGAUAUUCUUUAUGAAAGAGAACGUAAAGAAUUACCACUAAUUUGGAUAUUUAAAGAAUUUCAUGCAGUUAUAGAAUCAGAAGAUAAACGGUUGAAAACUUUCUUUGAUGAAUUAUAUUUAUCAACUAACCCAUCAAGAAAAAACAAAAAUACAAUAGAAAAGGUAUCAAAGCAACUGGUAUUUUUGUAUUAUUUUAUUUGUAGUAUUAGAAACAAGUUUGUUAAUAAUGCAAAAAGAGAUCUAGGAAUGUAUUUAGAUUCUACUGGAACACCAAAUUCAACAAUAGACACUAUGGCAACGUUAGGCCUAACAAUAACAUCUUGUUCAAUUUCUUACCACAAGGAUACCAUGUCCGAAAAACAUCUGACAACUGUGGAAUCAAGUCUUACAGAUAUACAUUUUGCCACUAUUCUACUUAAUCCAAUUAAAAAUGAACCAGCAAUAUCAAAACAAUAUAUUUAUAACCCUGUAUUAGUUGAUACUUCAUUAAUUAAAAUUGGAAUUGAAAAUUAUUUUAUGUCAACAUAUUCAAUUUCUCAUAAUCAACGCUGA